AUGCAGUUAAACAGAGCCAUGGAGGCAUCACUGGAUUAUAUGUCUGGAAAUGACUACGCCGCAGCCUCUUCUUCGCGGAUGAUAAGCACAGGCGAUGAAGCCGUAGAACCGUUGUCACGUCAUGACGGUCCCAACACCUUGGGCGCAUACAAGGAUGGGCAGGACAACUACACAUCCACUGGUUAUGAUGAGCCCGGUACCGCCACAAAUCCUGAAGACGCGACCGAUCGCGAUGAAGGGACCGGCCAAGGGGACCAGGCAGCUGGACAACCCAAAAGGCAACGCAAGCGUAGGCGCCGAAACAUGCUUGGCACCAAUAGGAUUGUUAUCAACCGAGUGUCUGAGGUGGGUCUACCUUUAGUCCCAAGAAGGCCGAACAAGGUUACAGGAAUGCCCUAG